AGAGGGCGGUCUCAACGAAAGUUUUCAGGAAGCCGUUUGACAUCCCAGCAAGAAAGUUUUUCGGUUUAGUUUACAAACUUGCUGUCGUUAUUAACCCUAAAAAAACGAAAAAAGAAAUGGAAAGCAGUGCUUAUGGAGCUCCGCUGGCUGGCGGUGCGUUCGAUUUGGAGAGUUUUGUGAAAAAGCCCCAGACGAUUCUUCGAUUCUUAAGUUGGCUCUUCGCCAUCGUUGUAUUCGCCACCAUCACGGCAGAGGGCUACAUCAACUUCACUACGGGGCCGGAGCUGACGUGCAUAUUCAAUGGCAGAGACAGCGCUUGCGGCUACGGCAUGUGGGUCGGCGUGCUGGCGUUCUUGGCGUGCGUGGUUUUAGUAGUGCUCGACGCCUACUUCCCGCGGAUCAGUAACGCCAAGGAGAGGAAGUACAUCAUCAUCGGCGAUUUGGCCUUUUCAGCGACUUGGACGUUUCUGUGGUUCAUCUGCUUCUGCGUCCUGGCCAACCAGUGGUCUUGGACCACGAACCCCGCCGUGCCAGGCGACGCCGCCCGUGCCGUGGUGACGUUUUCCUUCUUCUCCGUCCUUAGCUGGGGUUUGUUGUCCUAUUUCGCUUACGAGCGGUAUCGCGAAGGCGUGAGCGACGUAGCCCAACAGUACACGGACCCCGCCGUGGACCCGCCCUACUCCACGACUGCCAGCGCCGGCCCCGGCGGCUACCAGCAGUCCCCGUUCUCCCAAAACCAGGACAAUCCCGGAGAUUACGUACCGCCAUCCUAUUGAAAGACAUUCUCAAAUUCCAACAGAAGCAUGAGCGGGCGUUCAUAUUUGCCAGAUUCAUCGACACGCAUCCGCCCUCCUCUUCUCUUCCAGUAGGACAUGCCCACUUGAUGUUGAAUGAUUUUUUUUUUUUUUUUUAACUAGUUACUUCUCUGGAAGGGAAAAUGAGGGCCCUGCUGCUUGCUAGCCUUUAUACCAAAACCACAUGAGCACUGCUCAUUUGCACAGUAUCAGAACAGCGGUUUGAAAUCUUAGUUACAAGCAUGUCCCCUCAAAAAAUACUACUGUCAUUUUUUUUUUUUUAAAAUAUUAUUAUUAUUUAAUAAUCACUAAAACGGAUUUUGUGCACUGUUUGUGAUUCAAUGUAGUGAUAUUUUAAUAUUAUAAAUGAAGGUUUAAGUUUAGUUGGAGAUGUUUUGAACCUUCUCAAAUUUAUAACUGCUCAUUGAUGAACUUAGCCGUUCCAUCGCUUCCCAGUUCAAAUGGAUUGGACCCAAGGGCGUAGGUUUGGUCUCAACAUUGGUAGGGAGGCUUUAACAGCUUAACCUGCAUGUACACUUUUUGAUGGGGACAGGACAUUAUUAAGACCAAACAGAUUAUUAAACGAUUAUUGCACAUUAUGGAUACAAUGAUCCAAAUGAGGGAUGGCUAUCUUGGCGUUGUCCGUUGUGGAGGCUGGCCUGACCGCAGUAGUUUUGCAAGUUAGCAAGUUCACACAGAUUAAUGCUAUGCUAACUCUGACGCAGGUCGGUCAAACUUUUAGUAGCAAAAUCAGUAGGGCUGUCAAACGUUUAAAAUUUUUAAUUGAGUUAAUCACAGCUUAAAAAUGAAUCGCAAUUCAAAACAUCUAUAAAAUAUGCUAUAUUUUUCUGUAAAUUAUUGUUGGAAUGGAAAGAUAAGAUACAAGACGGAUAUAUACAUUCAACAUACUGUACAUAAGUACUGUAUUUGUUUAUUAUAACAAUAAAUCAACAAGAUGGCAUUAACAUUAUUAACAUUCUGUUAAAGCGAUCCAUGGAUAGAAAGACUUGGAGUUCUUAAAAGAUAAAUAUUAGUACAAGUUAUAGAAAUUUUAUAUUAAAACCCCUCAAUGUUUUCGUUUUAAUAAAAUUUGUAAAAUUUUCAAACAAAAAAAUAAACUAGUAGCUCGCCAUUGUUGAUGUAAAUAACACAAUGCCCAUGGAUGGUGCUGAAACCCAUAAAAUAGGUCGCACCCAAGCGCCAGCAGAGGGCGACAAAACAAAAAAAACACAAGUAACAAAUGGACAUGACACUGUCAUUUUAAUCUGUUUGAGCGGGGCAUGUGUGUUGAUUGCGUCAAAUAUUUUAACGUGAUUAAUUUAAAAAAUUAAUUACUGCCCGUUAACGCAAUAAUUUUGACAGCCCUAAAAAUUAGUGAUGUUUCCCCCGCCUCCACAACAUUGACGUCUUUUUACAUUACUUACAGUGGCUUGUGCUGGCCGAAAAAAACUUCUAAUAUCCCUCGUCUUCGAAGGGGGUGGAGGAGGCGGCAUGUUGCAUUUCUGUCGGCGGGGUUGUGUGAGUGCAUCUGUGUAGCGGGUGAAUGGGGCGGGGUGUCAAGUCAUCAGCCAAUCAAACGUACUUCCGAGGGGAAAAAUGGACUGGCACAUUCAGAAAGUGACAAAGGAUAAAUGUAAAUCUGAACUAUAGACUUCACAAUAUAUUGACGGGGCACGGGGCCGAUUAAUAGGGAGCCUAUCUCCCUCAAAGCUUACCGAGUGGAAACUAGAGGUGUGCUAAAUUUCCGAUUCUUAGAUUAUUCGCGAUUCGGCCAUGGAAGAUUUGAGAACGAUUCACAAACAUCCAAAUUCCGAUUAUUGAAAUAUGUCAAGUAAAGCGGAAGUAAAACACACUCAGCGCGCCGCGCGGUCUUCGGGACGCAAUGAGGAACGGAGCGAGAGUAGCUAGACAUCAUGCUUGUCAUUGCCCGGCCCCUCGGGUAAUGCCAAUGCUUAACUCACGGCUCUAGCUCAACUCAUGCCGCGAGAUAAAAAAAACAACAUACCUGAAUGCUGCCGACAGCCUGCAACAAAGUACGUCCACGUAAUGUUACGGUAGAUAUUAUAUUUAUAUAGGACUAGAUGCACAAUAGACUCGGUGGCGAUAGCAGCACGUGGACAGAAAGCUAGAUGCGGGCGUUAGUAAACGGCCGCCAUCUUAAAGCAGUAGACUUCCCUGCAAGGCUGUUGUAGCGAACUUUCCAAGCGAACCUAAUUAACUUUUUAUCUAAAAUACUCCUAAAUCGGUAAAAUAUUGACUUGAAUCUAUCUUUAAAAUAGUUUUAAAACUUUCACAUGUCGAAAGUAGACAAAAGGGAAAUUAUGGAAUAACGGGAGCAAUUUUAACAACUUUAACGGUUGAUUCACAACAUUAAAUUAAUUGUAGUUUAAAGCUGCUGAUACAGAAUGGGGAUUUGAGUAUAUUAUUUAUUGUUUUUAACUGUUAACUUGAUAAUGAAAUAGUCGAUAAUUUAAGCCUGAAAGUUUUUGUUUUUUUUUUUAAACAGUUUUUGUAACUAAUGUACAAAACAUUAAAAGCAGCUAAUGGGGGGGGGGGU